AAGUAUCUAUUAUUACCUGUACAGUAAAAAAUACCAUAAUAGAUAUUUCUAUAAUGCUGUAAACACGAACCAUUUUCACGCAAAUGUAGUCAAAAAAGUAAAUAGAUAUAUUCGACUAUUGUAAUAUAAUUGCAUAUAAUAUAUAACAAUUUUUAUAUAUAAGGCUGUAUUGUGGCCAAGGAUUUCCAAAAAAUCGUUUGUUAUUGUUUGUACUCAUAUUAUUAUUGUUUAGUCGUUUUGUGUUUACAAUAACGUAAAUCCUAAUAAACCUCAAUUUUGUUUUAGUUCAAUAAUAAUUUAACAAUUUUUUUAAAAAAAAUAUAUCACGUAUUCAAUAAUUUUUCCUUGAUCAAUAUAUUUUUUUUUAUUUGUCCAACUUAUUAUAUGGGCGUUCGACGAGAAAUAUAUAACAUAACUUACUUAGACUUGUAUUUCUAAAUAUAUUUUCAAACAUUUCCGUAUCAUAAAUGAAGUACAAAAAUAGAAACAUGAAAUUUUGGUGGUUUUUAAUCCUUGUAUGCUUCAUGUGGUUGAGUACUGGACGUGGUGCUGUAAUUGGUCAAGAUCUCUGUAACUGUCAACCUACAUUAAUUAGAACACCAAAAAUAUUAAUUCCUAAACCCGCUCAACGUAUCAUUUGUACUAAAAUACCGGGUGCUCAAGAAUACACACCAAUUAAAAAUGCUUGCACAUGUGUAAACACAAAGGUGACGCCGGCCUCGUUGACUAGAACGGAUUGCACUAAUCCGACUCGGGUAGAGAGUUGCAACGACGGUGGCGUGGACGCGGCACUGCCUUUGUUCGGCGAACGAGGUGGUGCGUUUUUCCCAGAAAUCGCGUGUGGAGCAGCCUCGCCACUCGCCGGAAGUCCGGUGUUUCAAGACCCGCCCGGCCCGAACGGCAUAGACGAACCAGCGGCGGAUCUGACCGGAAACGGGUGCUGUGGCAGUGGCCCACCCGCGGCAAUCGCGGUGGAUCCUGUGUCGCUGAUGCUGGCGCAGGCCGAAGCUAAUCGGUGUCGGGGUGACGUGCGCGAAGGACGUCUUGCGUUCGGUCAGGUCGCCAUGCCGAGAGAUGCUCUGCCGCCACUGCGGACCGUGCCGGAUGUCAACGAGGAGGGUCUUUAUGCACUUGACAAGGCUAUCGUCGAGCUGAAGACGUGCAAGUCACGGUUCGAGGACGACGCUACCGCAUUGGCGACAGAAGCUGACGCACUGCUUGCAUUGGAGGACGAUGUCUUGCAACCCGCGGACGAUGCCGGACCUGUAUUAAUGCUACCCAGUUACGCAGACGUUGGUUACCAGACCGAAACGCCAUCCUGCUCGCCACUGGUGGUCGGUCCACUCUCGAAGCCCGAUGUGUGCCCGACAGUGUACGAGGACAGCGGCGCGACGCUACCACUGACGGAUCCUAAUAAAGGACACUCGUCGUCGGGGUGUCGUUGUAAUAGCGAGAAGCCACAGUGCUCGUGUGGAAAGUGCUCAUGCGGCAAGUGCUCGUGUGGCAAGUGUUCGUCUGGCAAGUGCUCGUGUGGCAAGUGGCAUUAACCAUGGCUGCAACUAAAUGAUAUUUCAAUAAUAGUAAAAUAAUUAUUUUGUUCACACUUUAUUUUAAUAUGAACAUGGACGCUCAUCGGUAAAAUUUUAGGGGGGGAGGUCAAAAUAAAAAAAUUCUCAAAUGUAAGAUAGUAAAGAUUUAAUGUUAUUUUCAUAUAUCAUUGUAAAUACGCCAAAUUUAUUUAACUACAAUAAUAAAAUAAGUUCAUAAUUAUUUUUGCUCAGGAAAAGGCAAGUGCUUUAUCUUUCCUCCCCCCUAAUGGACGCCUAUGAAUAUGAACAAUACACCCAGAUACACUAUUUAAACUAUGCAGACAUAUUAUUCAUACUAUAUACACAUACACAUACAUAUACAUUAUACAAUGUAUAUAGUAUAUAUAGAGACAAAUGACCAGUCAAUUUUUCUAGCGUAUAACGCUCAAAAUUAACUCUAGUUAAGAUAACCGUGAACGCCAGUCAAUCAAAAUAUAAUGUACAUCUGAAUAUAUAUAACAAGGUAAAUGUAAAAUUAGAUAUACCAAAGGUAUUGUUUGCUAUUAUAGAAUUAUGUUUAUGCGGAAAUAUAUAUAUAUUUAAAGUAUAAUAUAAUAAUAAUUAUAAUUAUAAUUAUUUAUCAUGUAUAUCACUCC